AUGCAGCGCAACUCGCUGUACACCGUCCCCAACCCGCGCUCCAGUGCUGGCGCCCUGGGUAAACGGGAAAUGGGAGCAUUGCCACUGCGGCAGCAAGGCAAGACGACCCAGCUACGAGGUGUACCGAUGGCGAGGCAGGUCAAGCACGAUGCUCGGGGUAUGGGCAAGCGGGUCACCCGGUCGGACGCAGCCGAACAAGCUUCCGAGAACCCGAGGACCACUAGAUCGACCAAGAGCCAGGGCGCAGGCGGCUCCAAGAAAAACACUCAGCCCGCAAAACGCAAGGCGAGCGAGGCGGUAGCUAAGAAGAAAACACAGGAGAUGACGAAGGAGAAACGCACUGAGGUACGGAAGAAUGUGUCGAAGAUGAUGGACGAAGAAAACAAAUCAUCCACUGAUGAAGAGCUACCAAAAGCAAAAAAGAAGAAGCGCGCCGUGAUGGAGGACGAGGAGGUGGAAGAUGACGAGCAGGAUAAGGCGGGUGAAGGCACACCGGAGGAUGUGGAGAUGGACGAUCACACGACUCAACAGCGUAAAGCUGCUCGACCCAAACCGAAACCCGCGUACGGUAAAUUUGCAAGACCCAAGACGUCCUUGGAUCCCGCCGAGGAAGAUUUUGUGGGAAUACUAGUCAGAGGACGGCGUGAAGCCCGUGGGGACACUGGCAGUAGUAGCAAGAGAAGUGAGCUGAAGUCCGCCAUACCUAAGUCUGCCAAAUCUGCCGGUGGCAAGUCGCCCCAUGGUACUGCCAAGUCUGCUGGUGGCAAGUCGCCCCAUGGUACUGCCAAACCGAAAGCGCUGUCGGCGAGUGGAAAGGACAAGGGCAAAGGCCGAGCAACGGACAAGGAUGACGCGGUCAGCAGUGAGCAUGAGCUCGAAGAAGACGGAGUCAGCGAUGGCGAAGGCAAGAAUGAGAGCGAAGUUGAUGAGGAUGAGAUCGAUGAAGAUGAGGUCGAGGAUGAAGAUGAGGGCGAGAGUGGGGACGAGGCCGAGGCUGACGAUGUAGAGUCUCAAGAGUCGGAGGAUGAGGGUGACGUGAUACUCGUGUCCGAGACGAAGGCGAAACCCAAGCCGGCUCUCACCAACUCGACGGGUGGUGAACGAGACAGCAGAAGUCGCGCCAAGGUCACCGACUUACCAGUCAAAGUUAGGACUCUCGUCUCGGCCGCGCAGAACUGUCUGCGACUACGCAUUGCGCUAAAUUCGGCGUGGACGAAGGAGGCUUCAGUCGCGUCCAUACGGCUGCCAAAGAGGGAUGUACUAAUCAGUGACAGUGUUCGCAACGCUUAUGACAGACGAGGGACUGGCGAACAUGCUGCCGACAUCAAGGCCGCGUUCCGGCUGCUGGAAGGCCCGAAGAAAGACAAGAAGAAAGCGGGUCGCGGCGCGAGCUCGGAUGAUGAUGAGGACCCGGAACGAGCCGUGUUGAGAGCGAACACCUACGCCGUGGUCUGGACUUGCGCAUCACAAACUCGGAACGAGCUCAAGAGGAAGGCGAAGCAAGUGAUAGAGCAGACCUUCAAGCUUGGCGGGCUGUCAGUCGCUCAAAGGACCGAGGUCGUCGUUUGGCUUCUCGAGACGCACCCCACGGUAGUGAAUGAUGUUACCGGGACACGUAACGGGACACGCAACAUCGCGAACUUCGUCUUCGGGGGCGUAGAGUAUCACUUCGACCGGAAGAAAAACCUGGAUCGAGAGCGUACCAGGGUCGAGCCCACGGAGCCAUUCCGAAACGAAUGCAUCCCUGAGCUCGUCUACCAGUACUACGGCCUGGCAGGACGUGGCGAUGCGAACAUUAAUGCGGCCCUGGACGAGUUCAGCAAGGUGCCCUUCAACCUCAUCGCCCUCGCGUGCAACGCGAUUGAAGCGGCGUUGAUGGAGGUGGUGGCGCACAACCAGUCGAUCUUCUUCUCCAGCAAGCUAUUCGCGGGCAAGUGGGAUGGUACAAUGGCCAUUCUAGAGACUCUGGAAGAGCGCGCGGGCGAGUACCUCAAAGAGACGCAGGAGCUCAUAUGGAAGCACAUCAGCAAUCGUCUUAACGCUGGCCCCAACGCAGUCAACGCAGUCGAGGUGACGAUGGUCAGCGAUGAGGAGCCGCGCAGCUUCAUCCCGAUGCUCCAGUUGCGCGCAUCAAAGCCGCAGAGCAGCGGCAACGAGCCCGCCGGCAUGUCGAAGGCUGCGACGAAGCCGUCGUCGAGCACAGCAAAGAAGGGCAGUCAACCCACCACGACAUCGACCGCGGGCAGGCCGUCCAGCUCGUCGAAGAGCGCGAAGACACAGGACUCGUCACAGGCGGCGAAGAAUCCACCCAGUCCAUCGAGGAAGACUCGUGGUGCAGGAGCGUCGACUUCGAUGUCGAGGAGGAAGCACCGACGGCGCGACUCUGACGGCUCUGACGGCGGCGAAGUGGGUGGACAGGGCGAGACUGAGGACGAAGGGGGCGUCGGAGUCACUGGCGAGGGCGGUGAAGGGGCUCAGGCUGAGAUCGAUGAACUCCACGGGUCCGGAGAAGACCCUGCCAGUGGCACAUCCACGAAUGGCGGGGCUUGA